AUCGCGCAUGCUCAGUACGGAAGGGCGGUGUUUUUCGUUCUUUGUUGAAGCGGGUCGGCGGUGGAUCGGGAUCGGGAGGGGGUCCUCACCCUCGCCCCUUGGGGCAGGGAGCCGGGGACGGAUUAUUCUCUGCGGGGCGACACCAAGAAUUUCCUUUCGAGACUGGACGGACGUUUAUAAGAUUACGAGAGGGACAGAGUGGAUAGACGUGUGGUCGGCAGAGAGACAGGCUACAGUGGGAUCUGGCGCAGCUGCAAAUACUGAGCUGCAAAUUGCAGAUGCAGCAGAGAAGCCGCUCCCCGCUCCGAGGAAUGCCUGCGUGUCAGAAUUUGCCCUGCAGACAGGCAGCAGCUUGCAUACAGAAAAUUGCACUGUGAGUCUCACAGAGCAGCAACAUCGGCCCCUCCCCCAUAGUUACUAAAUGGCCCUCGUCUGAUGGUCUGGUGUAAAAUUAGAAGAAAACGACUUGAAAAUAUACCCACAGGGAGACUAAACGUUCUUAGUGAAUUAAGUUAGACCUGCGGUGAGAGAUUUAUUGGAAUAAAAGCCGACAGCUGGAAAGCCACGAAUGAGAACGAGGGAACAGCGACAAGCGAACCAGCCCAAGGACUGAGAGUACCAACUGAAGAGAACCCUCUGACUCAGAGUUUCCAUUGAUUCAGUCAGGAGAACGUUUGAGCCUCACCAGCAGGUGGAGCUGUCCUGCAGAGCGACCAAAGUGUAAACAAGACGACGACAAUCAACAAUCGUCAGUCAGAAUCAGAAUGGACAAAGAGCCAGAGUUUAUAAUCUCCGACCUCCUGGCACAAGGGGAGGAAUAUCGACUGUACCAACUGACAAAGUUCUACAGGGACAGACUCAAACAAGCAAUUGAAGAAAAGGUUGAGAGACUGGGUUGGAUGUUGACAAAGGAGGGACAUUUCAGUAGAGAAGAAAAUGAGAAAGUCACUGAGCUGAUAGAGAAGGGAAACCGGGCAGAGAGUUCCAGACUCUUCCUCAGUCUGGUGAAUGGCAAAGGCUCCCGGGCCCGGAGGGCGAUGUGGGAAUCCUUUCUGAUGUGGAGGACUGAGUUACCGAAGUUGGACAGAAUACUGAGGGAAAUACAGGAACUCGGUCCUGAUCCAGAGGAAUACAUGAACAUUGGCCAAGGUUUAUCUGAAUUACCCACUCAGCUGAUAGAUGUUCAACAGAAACACAAGGAGACUCUGCGGACACGAACUGAAACACUGAGAGUGAACACGAUCCUGAUGACGGAGAAGGUGAAGGUUUUCCAACUGGCUGAUCGAUACGCUGAGCUCACGGUCAUUUCUACUGUUCGAGAUCGGACACUGGUGGAACAUGAGCUGCUGGCAAGAGGCAGAGACCAUGAGGAUUAUAGAGUGAAACAACUCCGCAGACAGCUGGAAAAAAUCUGUACUGAUCAGUUAUUCCAGAGCAGCUUUUCCCGGAGUAAAUCCAAAUCUGGGAGCUCAGCAGCAGUGGCCGGAGUCCCGGGGAUCGGGAAAACAACGAUGGUACAAAAGAUUGUUUAUGACUGGGCCAUGGGGAAAAUAUACCAACAGUUCCAGUUUGUCUUCAGUUUCAAAUUCCGAGAUUUAAACACCAUUAAUUGCAGAAUAAACCUGAGGGAACUGAUUCUGGAUCAGUAUCCUUACUUUGGGAAGUUCCUGAGAGAAGUCUGGAAGAACCCAGAGGGACUGCUGUUUAUAUUUGAUGGUUUGGACGAAUUCAAACACAAAAUCGAUUUUGCGGACAGUCGGAGAGACACAGAACCAAAGCACCAGUGCCCAGAUCCCGAGUGGUGGUGUGAAGUGUCUGACAUUGUGUACAGUUUAAUCCAGGGCAAGCUGCUCCCGGGGUGUUCAGUGCUGGUGACCACCCGCCCCACUGCGUUACAUUUAUUGGAAAAGGCGAAUAUCAGUGUCCGGGCUGAAAUCCUGGGAUUUGGUGAUGAGGAACGGAAGGAAUAUUUCAUCAGACAUUUUGAAGAUCAGACGGUGGCGGAAGCUGUUUUCAAUUAUGUGAAGGAGAACGAGAUCCUGUACACCAUGAGCUACAACCCCUCCUACUGCUGGAUCCUCGCUCUCGCAGUGGGCCCCUUCUUCACAAAAAGAGACAGGGACCCACAGCAAGUCCCGAAGACAAUUACCCAGCUAUAUUCCUACUAUAUUUAUAACAUCCUGAAAAACCACGGCCGUGAGAUUGAGCGACCCCGUGAUGUGUUACUCAGGGUUGGUCAGAUGGCCUUCAGAGGAGUGUCCGAGAAGAAGAUUGUGUUUACAGAUGGAGAUUUGAUCAAGUACAAUCUUCAGCCUUCCCAGUUCCUGUCCGGGUUCCUGAUGGAGCUUUUGGAGAGAGAGGAUUCUGCCUGCAGCGUGGUGUACACAUUCCCACACCUCACCAUCCAAGAGUUUGUAGCUGCAGUCGCACAAUUCCUAACUAUACAUCCAGAGGAAAUCCUGAAAUUCCUUACUGAUGCCCACAACAGGAGAGAUGGACUAUUUGAGGUAUUUCUCCGUUUUUUUGCUGGUCUCUCCUCCCCAAUGACAGCUCGGGGCCUGGUGGAGUUUUUGGGUCCAUUUCCUCAUGUAACAACCUGCCGGGUGAUUGACUGGGUGAAGGAGGCGGUUAAACGACAGAGUGGAAACACGGAGAGUGAAGCUGGUAAAAGGAGCCUCCUGAACACAUUGCACUACCUGUUUGAGUCUCAGAAUCGUGGACUGGCUCAGGAAACACUGGGAUCUGUGAAAACACUUUCAUUCCGUGGAAUGACACUGACCCCGAUUGACUGCGCGGUCCUGUCUCAUGUCAUCGGGUUCUGUGAUACAAUAAAACACCUCAACCUGCAGGACUGCCACAUUCAGUGUGAAGGAAUCCACCGGCUGGGACCCAGGCUGCACAAGUGCCAGGAGUUGAGACUGAACAAUAAUAAACUGGGGGAUUCAGGAGUGAAACUGGUGUCUGCGGCUCUGAGGAACCCGGAGUGUAAAAUACAGACACUGUGGCUGAUGAAUGUCGGUCUCACAGAUUCUGGUGCCGAGGAUCUCGUCUCCGCUCUCAGUACAAACCCAUCACUGACGGAUCUGGACCUGAGUGGUAAUGAACUGGGGGAUUCAGGAGUGAAACUGGUGUCCGCGGCUCUGAGGAACCCGGAGUGUAAAAUACAGAGACUGUGGCUGAGGUAUGUCGGUCUCACAGAUUCUGGUGCCGAGGAUCUCGUCUCCGCUCUCAGUACAAACCCAUCACUGACGGAGCUGAACCUGAGUGGUAAUAAACUGGGAGAUUCAGGAGUGAAACUGGUGUCUGCGGCUCUGAGGAACCUGGAGUGUAAAAUACAGAGACUGUGGCUGAGCGGUGUCGGUCUCACAGAUUCUGGUGCCGAGGAUCUCGUCUCCGCUCUCAGUACAAACCCAUCACUGACGGAUCUGGACCUGAGUGGUAAUAAACUGCGGGAUUCAGGAGUGAAACUGGUGUCUGCGGCUCUGAGGAACCCGGAGUGUAAAAUACAGAAACUGUGGCUGGACAAUGUCGGUCUCACAGAUUCUGGUGCCGAGGAUCUCGUCUCCACUCUCAGUACAAAACCAUCACUGACGUGGCUGGACCUGGGAUACAACUCUCUGACAGACCGAUCUGUCCCCGCUCUCCGCCGCCUCAUACUGACCCUCCCAAGUCUGGAGCUGAUUGAGCUGUGGGGGAAUCGGUUCAGUGAGACCGGGGAGAAGGAACUGAGAUCUCUACAGGGACCCAGACCCGGACUGAGAGUGAUCCUGUGAACAUCUGAAUGUGUGAACAUCCCCGCCCGCGGGAUGGGGACAUUUGGCCGACUCCCCGCCCUCCCCUUUAACUCCCGCCCUUACCUUUAACGGCCGCGCGCCGGGGCUGAUUCCCAACGGUUUUAACGGAACCGGCUCGGGCCUCGCGCUGUGCGUCGCUCGCAGCGGUCCCGCAGUGACGUGUUUCCGCCUGCUGUCCGGCGGGGCAGCUUUCACCGGAAGUGCGUGGAGGAGACUCCCCACGUGGCACCCCGGGGAAUUACCCGGACAGGAAGAGCCCGGGGUCCGGGGCUCAGUCUGGGACACCGGUGUCCCGGGGUGGGGGGGGGGGAUGGUCCCGGGAGAGAAUCCUUUUGCCCCCUUUGCUGAGGACGGUGCAUUCGGCAGCCUGGCCGAUAUAAUGAUGUUAAAUGGACAAAUCCCUCGGCAGUGACCCUGAAUCUGCAGCGAUCCCGGACACGGCCCUGAAGUGUGAUUUUAUAAUCAUCGGUUCCCCGAUGCAGAGUGACGCUGAGAAACGGGACUGGUUAUUAUUCAACAGGUCACCCCUUGUCGCCGGUCAGUUAAUUGUGUGUGACUGUCAGCAGAUUAUUUAUUCCAGCACGUUAGCAGCUCACACAUUGUUUCAUUGAUAUAUCUCAUAAAAAAUCAAUAAACCACUGUAUCUUCCUG